UCUCUGUUGACAUACUGCAUCCGGCUCAAGGAAGUCUAACUUUUUCUGGUAUUUGAAAACAGAGUUGUUUAUUCAUGGCCUCGAUCGGCCACGUUAUAUAUAUAUGGAAGCAAUUGUGUAUUCAUUGAUAAUAGGUAGAAUUCAAGAAUUGUUGCCUUGUGGGUUUUCUUUAUUGGAGCUAUGGAAUCAGAAAAAACAUGGUUAGGGAGCUCUAUCCCCGUUCCCUGUGUUCAGGAGCUGGCGAAGGGGACAACGGCGACAGUGCCGCCGCGGUAUGUGCGUUCCGAUCAGGACCCUCCAAACAUCUCCGACUCCACAGCUUCUUUACCCCAAGUCCCGGUCAUCGAUAUGCAAAAGCUUUUCUCACCGGAAUUUAUGGACUCCGAGCUGGAGAAAUUGCACCAUGGAAGCAAAGAAUGGGGUUUCUUCCAGUUAAUAAAUCAUGGGGUGAGCACUUCAUUGUUGGAGAAGGUGAAAUUAGACAUUCAAGAAUUUUUUAAGCUGCCAAUAGAAGAGAAGAAGAAGUACUGGCAACAACCAGGAGAGUUGGAGGGGUUUGGUCAGGCCUUUGUUGUUUCUGAUGAGCAAAAGCUUGAUUGGGGAGACAUGUUCUCCCUUGUCACCCUUCCAACCCAUUUGAGGAAGCCCCACUUGCUCCCCAAGCUCCCCCUCCCAUUCAGAGAUGACUUAGAAGCUUAUGCAGCAGAGCUUGAAAACCUUGCCAUGAAAAUCCUUGAACUUAUGGCAAAAGCUCUUAGAAUGGAAUAUAAUGACAUGAAGAACCUGUUUGAAGAUGGGUGGCAGUCAAUUAGGAUGAACUACUACCCUCCGUGUCCGCAACCGGAGCUUGCCAUUGGCCUCAACGCUCACUCCGACGCCGUCGGCCUAACAAUCCUUCUCCAACUCAAUGAAAUGGAAGGCCUCCAGAUCAGAAAAGAUGGGAUGUGGAUGCCAAUUAAACCCCUCCCUAAUGCUUUUAUUGUCAACAUAGGAGACAUUUUGGAGAUUGUGACCAAUGGAAUAUACCGCAGCAUUGAGCAUAGGGCUACUGUUAACUCAGUAAAGGAAAGGCUCUCUAUGGCCACAUUUUACAGCCCCAGACUGGAAGGAGAUUUGGGUCCAGCCCCAAGCCUUAUUACCCCAGAAACACCAGCAUUAUUCCAAAGAAUAGGUGUUGUAGAUUACUUCAAGAGGCUUUUCACACGCAAACUCGAUGGGAAGUCUUACAUUGAUGCAUUGAGGAUCCAGAAUGAAGAACAAAAUGGCUCUUGAGACUAACCCUUUCAUCAUAAAAACUCAAUGACUACAGUACUUUAUAAUUAAGGAAAUAAAUUUCAUGAAAGUUAUUGUGUAAAGAGUGCCUGUGGCUCCUAUGCUCAAUCUGGUUGGAUUAUAUGCAAGCCAGAUUUAAACAAACACAUAUUCAUGACAAAAAUGCUUGUUUUGCUUAAUAGAACUUAUGAUUCCAACGGAAAA